AGCCGGCGCAGUGUACGGCACACGGCGGGACAGCUCGGCCGCGCGGCUUGCUCCUUUCUUUUUCUUUCGGCGCGCGCUACACUACUCGUCUACCCACCCGAGUUUCGUCGUCCUCGCUGCGGCUUUGUAAUAUUUGUCGCGCCCGAGUCUUGUGACGAUAUUGUACGGCAGAAGAAGACGAGGAGAAGGAGAAAGAACACGGCAGCGGGGAGAGGAAAGAGGACGGGACGGUGGUCGGCUCUCGUUCGGGGAGAAAGCGCGCUCUGCGCGCGUAUAGCCGAGUAGUGUCUGAAGUUUUUCGACUCGCGGCGGCGCGCGACAGUGAUGUGUCGGUGGGUGUUUUCAAAAGGCGCGACGAGCAGCGGGCUGCCGUCGUGAGAGUCGUGAGCUCGGCUCGAAUUCUCCGUCUAGCGAGUAGCCGAAGUCUGCCGUGGAAGCAGUGGCCUGUGGCAGAGUGCGCGCAACGGCCAGCGGCAGCGCGGCAGCGCGGCAGCGCGACAGCGGUAGAGCCGUAGAGGUCUAGAGGACGGCACGGCCUCUCGUUUAAAUAUAGAAACUCGCCGUGGCAGCACAUAAGUAUAGCGCAGCACUGGCACUGGCAGCAGCGGCGGCGGUAGUCUAGCGCUCGAAAAUUCUCCAAGGUUUCGUAAAAGAGCGCUUUGGAAUUCCGCGCGAAAGUGUCGUCGCCGUCGUCGAUGGGCAGAAGACGCAGGAGAAGGAGGCGCAGCGAAGCCAGCAGUUGAGCAAUGCUUCUCGACGGAGCCGCUCUCUUACAUCGCGGAUUCUUUCGGCUCCACAGCCAACGAGCUCCUGCAGUCCUCGCGGCUGCAGCAACCGAGAGCCAGCAGUAAAAUCGAGAGCAGCGGGAAUUUUCUCGGCAAAGCAGCGGCGGUACCUAACUUUGAAAAGGAGGUUACCAGCGGAGAGAGGGAGAAAAAACAAGAAGCGUGCAUACUCGCGCGCGCCCGCGCGCGCGAUAUCAAACGGUAUAAAGCAGACGAGUUUGCGUGCGUGCGUGCGUGUCUGUGUGUGUGUGUUUGUGUGUGUGCAUGUGUGCGCAUGUGUGUGCAUGUGUGUGUGUGUGUGCAGUGCUGCUCGGCCGAUCGCGUGUCGCGCUCAUGCCCAUGUUAUGCAGUGUCCAUCGAGAUAGAUCCCGCUUACGCGAGCAGCAGCCGCAGCCGCAGCAGCAGAGGAGAAAAGGGCCUGACCUUGGCUCGUUCUUCUCCCCAGCAGAUCGUCGAGUAUUCACGCGAGUCGCGCGCAUCAUGGCGAAAAUGAGUGGUGAAGUGCCAAGUGAUAUCCCGGGCAAGUAAAAAGUUGGUUCAGUGCUCAGUGGCUCCGAGAUAAGAAAAUUGAAAAAAAUAUCAGUGAAUUCCAAGAGGAGAUAUAUCUCCGUUGUUUAUACAAUCGAGAAGCUGAGGCGGCAGUAGUCAGUUUCCAGGCAUACCUCGCGAGGCAUCGAGGAGAGGAGCCGCCGACUAUAUCAUGUUAACGGUGGAAUUCCGCUCGAGAGGAAUCUGAAGGCGGGGACUCUGACGUCACUCCGCUCAUGAUAAUGAGAGCGCAGUGAAAUAUGCCAAGGAGACGGAAUGGGGAGAUACCGCUUCCGGAAGGGUGGGACGUCGCGCAGGACUACGAUGGAAAGGUGUACUUCAUUGACCACAACACGAGGAAAACUACCUGGAUCGACCCUCGUGACAGAUUUACCAAGCCCCAGACCUUCGCAGACUGCAUCGGCAACGAGCUUCCACUCGGUUGGGAGGAGGCCUACGACAAGCACGUGGGCGCAUACUACAUCAAUCAUGUUAACCAAACGACACAGCUCGAGGAUCCAAGGCAAGAAUGGCGGGCCAUACAGGAAGCUAUGCUUCGCGAGUACCUGCAAACCGCACAGGACGCACUGGAGGCGAAAAAGGAGAUCUACGACGUAAAGCAGCAGCGGCUGUGCCUAGCUCAGGACGAGUACAACCACCUGAACAAUGCGCUCAGUACCCUCGGCGCCUCGCGCACCAGCCUCUGCUCGAGCUCGAGCUCGCUCAGCACGAAAUACGAUCCGGACCUGCUCAAGUGCGACGUGGCGCUGGCGAGGAAGCGGGUCUCGCGGCUCAAGCGCGAACUGGAGCAGAUUCGCGCGGAGAUGAGCUGCACGCAGCGCGGCGUCGACACCCUGGCGAGCGUCGAGCAGAAGCUGAGCUCGCACCACGCGGGAUGCUACAACAUAACGGAGGCCCAGGCGAUAAUGACGGAGCUGCGCAACAUCCAGAAGAGCCUGAGCAGCGGCGAGAAGGAGAAGGCCGAGCUGAUGCAGUCGCUGGCGCAGCUGAAGGACGAGCUGACGAGGCUGCAGCUCUGCGAGGGCAGUCCCGAGGCGAGCACCCUCAGUCUGCCCCAGGAGAAGCUGAGCACCGCCUCGCAGACCGAUCUCUCGGGGGAGCUCGUGCCGAUCGGCACCCGGCUCGCCGAAAUGGCCCGGAUGAGGCUCCAGUACGACGAGGCCAGGAAGCGGAUCCAGCUGAUCCAGCAGCAGCUCGCCGACCUCGAGGAGAAGGUCAUACCCGGCCAGACCGAGAGCGACAAGGACAAGCUCCUGCUCUUCCAGGAGAAGGAGCAGCUACUGCGCGAGCUCCGCGGCAUAACGCCCCACACGCGCACGCAGCAGGACAUGAAGAAGAUACAGUGCGAGAUACGCAGGCUCGAGCAGGAUCUCAACAACGCGUUCGAGCUCUCCAACAAGACCAUCACCGAUCGCGUCAGGCUCCACGAGGAGAAGCAGCUGCUGCUCCAGCAGCUCAGGGACGCUCUCAGGUCGAUGGCUAUGCUCGAGGGACAGCUCAAGAGCCUCUCGGCCAGCACGCUCUCCGUGAGCAGCAGCUCGUCGCUCGGUAGUCUCAGCACGACCAGCAGCAAGGGCUCGCUCAGCUCGGGCCUCAGCUUCACUGACAUCUACGGUGGUCCCCAGUGCAUGGGCACGACGCAACAGGAGAGGCCCGUCGAUAUGGUCGACCUGCACCGCCGUGUCGAGCGCCUUCUCAAGGGCUCCGAACAGUCUGUCACCGCCGUCGCCGCCGCCGCCGCCGCCGCCAACAGCGGCAGCAGUAACGCCAGCAGCAGCAACAACAACAAUAACAACAGCGGUGGCAGCAACAACACCAACAACAACAACAAUCUCGGCACUCCGUCGCCAGGGAGGUCGCAACCCAGCCUCUCGCCCAGGUCCAGCCUGUCGAGCGUCUCGCCACCAAUCUCGCCUCUCUACGAAAACGCCCCGGUUGGACCGCCACCGGCUUAUGAACAGAUCGAGCUUCAGCGGAGACAGCAACUUAGGCUGCUGGCCUCGACGACGACUACCUCGCACCUCGACAGGAUGCAGCUUGAAGACAAGCUCGCGGAGCUUAGGUUCAGCCAGCAGACGAUACAAGAGCAACACUGCGCCAAUACCGAACACAGCCAUCACCAUCACCAUCAUCAGCAUCAGCAGCAGCAGCAGCAGCAGCAGCAGCAGCAGCAACAGUUGCAGCUACAUCAGCAGCUUCAGCUGCAGCAGCAACAACCGAAACACAACGCGCAGACGCCCAUGGACCUACAGUCCUGCAACAUGUCGCAGGGUAGCGGUCUCGGCAGGCCGGCUCUCGCUGGACUCACACAAGAACCGCCUCUGUCGCCAAUCAGCGAAACGCCACCACCCAUGGGUAUAAGGUCUCGUGCUAGCUCCUCGGGUACGAACACGAGAUCUGUCUCGGCUGCUGUAUCCGACGAAAGCGUAGCCGGGGACUCCGGUGUCUUCGAGGCUUCGAACAGGAGACGACUGUCCGGAAUUUCAGGAGCUGACACCCUCAUGAAUAACGAUGCCAACCUCGAAACGGCACAGGUCCAGAUAAAACUGAGGUACUCAAUCAGCGACGGGCUUCUUCACAUUGGCAUCGAGCGUGCAAGAAACCUUGCCGCCCUCUACAUUCCAGACAGCAUGCAAGUGUACAUAAAAGUUGCUCUGUUACCAAUGCAAGCGCCAGUGAACCAAGUAUGCUGCACGAAACCGGUGAUCGAUAUGCGGAAGCCCACCUUUGGCGAAACAUUUCCCAUUGCCGUGCCACUUAAUAAGCUCUACACGAAAACUCUGCAAGUCAAUGUUUGGUGCACGAGCGGCGAGUCUGAGGAGUGCUUGGGUUCGGCCCAAGUCUCGCUAGCAGACUUUAGUCCAGAAACGCCGAGUGUCAAAUGGUACAAUAUCCUGUCGUGUCGUUUCAUGCAACCUUCAAGCUCGUCCGAUACAAACAGCACCUCGCGAUCCUCGCAGUCGCUCUCCGCGUCGCAGCAGCAGCUGGUGAGCAAGCACGACAAGCAGGAGUCCGAUAUAUCGAUGUAUCGAGGCAGUGGUCAGAGCAGCAGCAGUAGCGCCUGUCAGAAUGCCAAGGAGGAGAGCAGCGACGAGAGCACAAUCAUUAGCUCACAGACGUCAACGCUGACCCGCAAUCAGGGUUGCGACGAGCUGCAGACAGCAGUCUCUCUAAGACUCGAGGAACUGGCCAACUGUCUGAAGAGUCCCGAAGAAGAGGAGGAAGAAGAUGGAGAUAGCGACAGUGCUAGCGGAGACAGCGACGAUAGCGACGAAGACGGAAUCAUUGUUGAGUUUAUGAUGGAGGAAAGCGUGCUUGAGGAUGUACUUGAACACGAGGAGGAUGAGGAAUUAGCGGCAGCAGAAGAAACGACGGUAGCGGUCAAUCAAACCUCGGAUAAAGAAACGAACACGGAAUGCGUCUUCAUUCCGGAACAGGGAAAGCAGAGAAGAUUAUCAGCUGCGGGAGUCGUGCCUGGUGCCGUGCACGACGACAAAAACUCUAUCGUCAUCAAGAGAAGUCAGACGUUCUCGCCGAGUGCAGCGGUUAGCCGAAACCAUUACAUAUGUAGACUAAACCGAAGUGACAGUGACAGCAGCAUGCCGCUCUAUCGCCGUGGCGGACCCUUCCAGCGCAACUCGGUGGAACGCCGUUCACUGCGCUGGCGGCGACCUUCAUCGGCUCUGAGCUGCAAGUCACCUUCGACUGUGUCAAAGUCCAAAUCAACGCACUUCCCCGCGACAGCUCGCACCUCGCUAGAUCUUGAACUGGACCUGCAAGCGCAACACGCACGCCUGACCAAUUUGCAUGAUGAACUGAGCAGGCUAAGAGAGUUGAAGCAGAGGCUUGAACAGGCUCGCGAGAAGGGUGACGUAGACAUGGCUAGUUGGCUUUUGGAAGACGACAAAUUCCAGAAUUUGAUGCAACAGGCUGAGAAUGGCAAAAACGGCAAGAGCGUUGAAGACAAGAAGGUGGAAAAAAUGCUCAGGAAGACUAGCAAAGAAAUCUACAAACUUAGGAAGACCAAGGCUGGCAAAGGCAAGCCCGAUAUAAUAUCAUUCAAAGAAAAAAUGGCUUUUUUUACCCGGAUUAACCUAAACGUGCCCCUCUUACCACCAGACGAGUCUGUCGUUGACAAGAUUACGCCCACUGGCUCCGAUCACAGAAGGUACGCCUCAGAGCCUAGCAGAAUUUCUAACAACACUGCUAGCUCCAGAAACGUUGGCUCUCAGCACAACUAUGCUAGCAGGAAAUCUAGUAGUCCCGCAGCUGUCGCAGUCAUAUCGACAAAUUCAACGGCUACUGUAGCUGCAGCAACCGACAAGACCAGCAAUGAUAAAAUUGUGAGGGAUCCGAUUGAGAGCAACGAAGUUGCACAGACUGGUGAUGCACAAAAAUCUACGACCGAGGAAGAGGAUGGUGAGCCCAAGAGGUACGAGUACGUUGUUGACCGUGUACUUGGCGUCGAAGUGUGAAAGAAUUAUAUCGUUGAAUACAGCAUGAAUUUCCCUCUUGUACAGUGUAAAAAGAGCUUCUUAUGUGUAGUGUAGUAUUGUUCGCCCACUUUAUCACUUAUAGUCGUUGAUUCCAUAGAGUAUGUUUCGUUUUCGCUGUGUAAAUACGUAUUGAAUGUGAAGACAUGAUACAAAAAUGAAACCAUCAAAAUUUGAUACUUAACAUUGAAUCAAAUGAAUUAUUGUUAAAAAAAAUGAAAGCAUAGAUUUAUUUGAGGAAAUGAUCAAAUUUAAUAUAAUGUUCAAGAGUGAAAACUAAUCCCCCCCUUGAAAAAAAUGGAAUAUUAUUAAACUAAUGUGAAUAGCAUUGUUUGUUUUAAAAAUUAGACAAAGUUUACGAAUUCAAGGCAUUCGUUUACAAAUUACACUUUAAAAUUUCUUCAAGAAUUAACUUAAACAAGUUUUUAGAAUUUAUUAAUAAACCAAGUUAAAUUUUUGAGUGUAACAGGCACGACACAUUCAUUAUUAAAAACAGUAUUUACCUUAACGAAAAAAAAUGUAGAAUGGAUUGCGCUAGAUAUGCCGUUAUAUUGUAACAGUCUGAUGACGCUAUUCAAAAUGAACCACGAAACAGAACAAUAUCUGUCCGUGCGUUGAUCGAAUUGUGCAUUCGAUUCGGAGUAAAACUAUUUAAUUUGAAUGAUAUUAACAUAAUGCCAAGAUUUGGUGAAAUUGUAUAGAAUUAUAGAUUGAUUUGUGCAGAAAAAAAUUCAAUUGUGUAAACGAAUAUUUUUAAAAUUCAUUCCAACUGUUACAAUAUAAUUCUGAAUUGUUGCAUUGUGAAAAUAGUAAGAGAGAAUGAGAAUGAGAGAGAGUGAGGGGGGGGGGGAGAGCCUGUGUUGGUAGCAAGAAAGAUAGGUUAGGCUCAAGGAAGGUUAUCCUCGCUAAUAGCUUUUUUUAUUCAGCUUCGCGAUCGAAAUACGCGAAUAAACGCUUUAAAGAAGGCUCGUCAAAGAAUGAGACUCGAUUGGAGUUUGGCAAACUUUUUGUAAAUAACAACAAUUAUUCAAAGCUCGUUUUAAAAGUGAGUGAGAACUGUCACACAGGUUUUUUCAUGUUUUAAAGAAUAUUGUUCAUAUCCUUGAAUUGUUGUUGUUUGCAAUUAUUUACGUUGGAAGGAAAAUACAGGUGCCAUGCACGACUGAACUGUAAUACGAAACAUCAAAAUUUUGAAAACUAACAAAUUCAAAGUUCAACGCUGUAAUAUGAUAUAUCAUUCAAAGAAAUUAAAAGGAAAGCAGAGCAUAGGGUCUGAAGCCCACCGAGCAGCUGGUCUGCCUUUUUAAAACGUAAUGUAGUAUAUUGGAAAUCAUCGCGUGCAAUGUCAAUGUACAUUCAUGGGGUUAAUUGUUUUGUCUUUACGUUAUUUAAAGACAAUUGAAUUAACCGUCUAAGAGGUUUUUGCAUUUUCUAAAGGCACGUUGAUUCACGUGCUUCUGUAUUGUUGCUACUAAAAUUUGUAAAAUUGUUACAAAAUUUGUUAAGAUGACAUCGAUUGAAUCGGAACAAAACAAAUGAUACAAAUAACAACGCUCAGCGUUUGAUCUCACCGAAAGCAUGUGCCUUAAUUAAUUGUAAUGCCAUUCAUCUAACGUGCGUGGUAUAUAGUGAAAACAAAAACCAUUAUACGGGCGCGAGUAUGAGAAAAAAAAAUGUAAUCGAGUUUCGUCGACGAGAUCAAAUUUUGUAUUUUAGUAUAUAAAUAUCUAUUUAGUUAGAAGAAUUUUUUGAGGAAAACCGUAUAUAUAAGCGAUAUCGAUAUUCGCUUUGGAUACUCGGCCGAUAACUUGCGGAUCAAGGACGGCUAAGAUUUUGUAUACUUUACAAAACGGGGACAGAAGGGAACGCGGAGGCAUAAAACAAGGGGAUCUAAUGUUAAAAUUAAAGUAACCGCUAAAUAUUUUGUAUAUAUCAUUUUUUUUGUACAUACGUAUAGUAAUAUGUAACGACCAUAUGUUAAACGAGCUACGUUAUAAAUAUGAAAAUAAACAAAAAAGAACCUACGUUUACGUAAAUUUACGCAUGCAUUAUGUAUAUGAAAUAAAAAAACAUUUGCCUGCGAAGCUAAAGCUAAGAGACAGUCCCGCAUGUUUUAUAUAUAUAUAUAUAUAUAUAUGUGCGCGCGCGCGUGUGUAUGUGUGUGUGUGUGUGUGCAAGAGAGAAAGAGUACACUGCAGCCUUAAACGCAAAUAUUGCAAAUGCGGAAAUUUUGAUGAUGCGUGCCUUACACGAAAGUCCUAUUGCGUUUAAGCUCCUGUUUAUAUGAUGAUAAUAAUAAUAAUAAUGAUAAUAAUAAUAAUAAUGAUGAUGAUGAUGAUGAUGAUGAUGAUGAUGAUAAUAAUAAUAAUGCUAACGGUUAUUCGACGAAUCGUAAAGGCGAGGCAUGUUCGCAUUGUACCGAGGUAUUAUUAAUGUUACAUUAUGCAUUAUUAUUACUGUAACUAUUAUUCUAAUAACUUUAAAUCGAAUAGUUUUUAUUGUUGCUAUUAUUUUUAUUAUUAUAUUAUCAUGUUAUUAUUAUUUUCAUUACUUUGAUUAUUAAUAAUGUAAUAUUAUUAUUGUAAUCAUUAUCGUGUAGCGUGUAAAAGUGCUAUGUAACAAAGGAAAAUAAGAUAAAUAUCGACGCUGAAAUGAUUUCAUGUCGAUAAAUUUGCGUACACUACUUGCUUUGUAAGUAAUGGUUUCCGUAUGACGGUAACAAUUUAAAGAAUAUACUGAAUGACGAAAAAA